GCUGAGUUUGUGAGGAAUAAUAAAUCAAAAUGAUCAUCUUCGAAUCAGCAAGAAAGCCGCCGCCGCUUAUAUCCUGAUUCGGUCACAAAUCUAAACAGCAACUUCACCCUUAAACGCUUUGUAACUGCUAUCACUUAGCUUUUUGUUAGCAAGUUUCCUGUGCUAGGAUGUCUUUGAAUUGGUUAGAAUUAAGCGAUAAUACAGAUCCAUCCAACCCGUUGCCUUUUGUUUUACUAGAAAAUGAGUCGUUAAGAUUCAGAUCUCCCAAAAGGAUAACCAUCAAGUUAAACCCCAUAAAUAAUAAAAACCAUGAAACCAUUUCCUCAAACAAUGGAACUAUGUAUUUGACAAAUAAAAGACUAAUAUUUAUAUCAGAGACAAAUUUAAGAAUUGAUAAAAACUAUCACAAUGAAAUCAACAACUUUAACAAUUUUGUAUUACUAUUUAAUUCAAUUUUAUCGUUUGGUUUAGAGAAUUCAUGGUUUGGUCCGAACAAGUGGCAUUGUUUAUUUAAAAUCAACAAUCCCGAUGGCGGCUUGAAUUAUCUAUAUCAAUGGAAGAUUUUAUUGAUAUUUAAUGAUGGGGGAAUGUUUGAUUUUGCCAAAGCCUUUGAGUCAACUUUCAAUGAUUUUAAAAACAACUCUUUGUUUGUUCAGAAUGAGCAGUUACCUGUCUAUAGUGAGAUUUAACGUUAAAUUAAAUUAAAUUAAAUUAAAUUUUAUUUAUUUAUCUAUACAAAUAUAAGAAUGUGUAAAGAAAAAUUACG